CUUUAUCCCUUCAUCCCACUUCCCUUAUCACAAUGGUUCUCGAGCGCCUCCAGCAAUUGAGCCACCAGGUGAAGGCUACUUCGCCUCCGCCCCAUCCCUUGGAUCCCCUCUCCACUGUUGAAAUCGACACGGCCGUCGCUCUGAUCCGCAAGGAAUAUGGCAAGGUCAACUUCAAUGCAGUCACCCUCUACGAGCCUCGCAAAGCGGAGAUGAUGGCCUGGCUGGCCGAUCCCCAGAAGGCCCCUUGCCCGGCACGCGCCGCCGAUAUUGUUGCCAUUGCGCCAGGCGGCAAGAUCUACGACGGGAUCGUCGAUUUGGACCAGAAGAAGAUCGUCAAAUGGGAACACACUCCUGGGGUACAGCCUCUCAUCACCAUGGAGGAUCUGCAGGAGGUCGAAUCAAUUGUCCGCAAGGACCCGAAGGUGAUCGAGCAAUGCGCGAUUAUUGGUAUCCCGCAGGAAGAUAUGCACAAGGUCUACUGUGAUCCUUGGACGAUCGGCUACGAUGAGCGCUUCGGUACGGACGUCCGUCUGCAGCAGGCUCUUAUGUAUUACCGCCCUCACAUUGAUGACUCCCAAUACACCUAUCCUCUGGAUUUCUGUCCCAUAUUCAACGCCGAAACAAAGCAGGUGAUUCAUAUCGACGUUCCCACGGUCCGCAGGCCCAUCAGCAAGGCUCCUCCAAACAACUACCAUUCCGACGCCAUUGAGAAGGAGGGUGGCUACCGGACAGACCUGAAGCCCAUCUACAUUACUCAGCCGGAGGGCGUUUCCUUCAAUAUCAAUGGCCGCAGCAUCGAUUGGCAGAAGUGGAACAUCCAUGUUGGGUUCAACUACCGCGAGGGUAUUGUCCUGAACAACAUCACCUUCAAUGACCAUGGCAAUGUCCGUCCUGUCUUCUACCGUCUGUCCUUGGCGGAGAUGGUGGUUCCCUAUGGAAACCCCGAGCACCCCCACCAGCGCAAGCAUGCGUUCGACCUGGGCGAAUACGGCGCUGGAUACAUGACCAACAGCCUGUCUCUUGGCUGCGAUUGCAAGGGUGCCAUUCACUACAUGGACGCUGCGUUUGUCAACCGCGCAGGAGCCAGCACGAUAGUGAAGAACGCUAUCUGCAUCCACGAGGAGGAUGCAGGCAUUCUUUUCAAGCACACUGACUUCCGUGACGAGUCGGUCAUCGUGACCCGUGCGCGGAAGCUGGUCAUUUCUCAGAUCUUCACGGCCGCCAACUAUGAGUACUGUGUGUACUGGAUCUUCCACCAGGACGGCACCAUCCAGCUGGACAUCAAACUGACCGGUAUCCUGAACACCUAUGCGAUGAACCCGGGCGAGGACACCAAGGGUUGGGGCACCGAAGUCUACCCCGGUGUGAACGCACACAAUCACCAGCACUUAUUCUGUCUGCGUGUGGACGCCAACAUUGACGGACCCAACAACACCAUCUUCCAGGUUGACGCGACCCGCGGCCCGGGUGAGGUGGGAAGUGCCGAGAACAAGUAUGGGAACGCCUUCUACGCCAAGAAGACCAAGUACAGCACGCCGUUAGAAGCGAUGGCGGAUUACGACGGCAACACCAGCCGGACCUGGGACAUUGCCAACACCAACAAGCUUCAUCCUUACAGCAAGAGGCCUGUGUCCUACAAACUAGUCAGCCGCGAAGUUCCCCCCUUGCUUCCCAAGGCGGGUGGAUUGGUUUGGAAGCGAGCAGGAUUUGCUAGACAUGCCGUGCAUGUCACCCAAUAUGCCGAUGACCAGAUCCACCCUGCUGGUCGCCACGUACCACAGACAUCGGGCGAGCCAUCCCAAGGUCUACCGGCAUGGAUCGAAGCCGCGGGUGCGGACAGCUCGAUCGACAACACCGACGUCGUGCUAUGGCACACCUUCGGGCUAACGCACUUCCCAGCCCCUGAAGAUUACCCCAUCAUGCCUGCCGAGCCGAUGACAUUGCUUCUUCGCCCUAGACACUUCUUCACUCGGAACCCAGCCCUGGAUGUUCCUCCUAGCUUUUCCCAGACGCCAUCCCAGCUGGCGGCCAGUGCGGGCUCCUGCUCCUCUUGUAAGAAGAGUGAUGGAUGCAGCGUGCAGGUUUAAGAUUUCGGGUUACAUGUGGUUUACUUCGGCGUUGCAGACCAUCGAGAAUGGUCCUUCCUUUUGUGGAUAUUAUAUCAUGUUGAUUAGCUUUGAAUACAC